AUGUCUAGUAUUGAGAAGAAGAAUGAGCUGAAUUCAGAUAUUUCUCCACAGGUCAGUGAACUUCUAGAUUCAGACUUUGAGAAUAAGAAUGUCUUUGCUUUGAAGGAAGAUGGUCCUAACUUUCGUGGUGUCACUUGGAUCGGUGCUGCUGGCUUGGUUGCAAAAACACAAUUCGGUUACGGUAUUCUUGGUCUUCCAGGAACGUUCCAGGUGUUGGGUUUCGUGCCGGGUCUUAUUUCCUUGAUUUCGCUUUGUGCACUUACAACAUGGACGGGUUAUAUGGUGGGAAGCUUUCGUAUUCGUUAUCCAAACGUGUAUGGUGUUGGAGACGCUGCUGAAUUGAUUUUUGGGCCUGUGGGAAGAGAAUUCAUGGGUGGUGCUUUUUGGCUCUUCUAUACGCUUUGUUAUGGUGCUGCUGUGCUUACCUUGUCUAUUGCAUUCAAUGCUAUCACUGAACAUGCAACAUGUACGAUGGUAUGGGUGGCUAUCGGUGCUGUCAUUGCUCUUGUCAUUGGCACGGGAACAAGAACAUUAAAGAACAUGUCUUGGCUCGGGCUUGUUGCUUUGGGAUCGGUAUUCUUCAGUGUUUGGCCUGUUACAAUUGCAGUUCUUGCUCAGUCUACGCCAGAAGCAGCUCCAGCAGGUGAGCCAAUAGAUAAACAAAUUGUUGCUGUGGCCACUGGACGUUCUUUUGCAGCCAUUGCUAGUGCCAUUGCAACCCAGCUUUCUGGUCUUUGUGCAACAGCAGCUUUCUUCACUAUCCAUUCCGAAAUGAGGAACCCUCGUGAUUUCACCAAAUCUUUACUUCUUGGCCAAGGCUUCGUCAGUGCCAACUAUAUUAUUGUGACUUGCAUUAUCUACGGAAGAGUCGGCAGAUACGUGACAUCCCCUGCUCUUGGGUCGGCUGGUCCGCUCAUGAUGAAGAUUUGUUACGGUAUCGCAUUGCCAGGUCUCUUCUUUUCGUGUUUCUUCCAAGCCCAUAUUGCUGGAAAGCAUGCUUUGGUCAGAUUGCUUAGAGACACCAAACACCUUCAAGCCAACACCAAAACGCAUUGGUUUACAUGGAUUUCGAUGAUGUUGUUGGUUGUGAUUAUUGGUUUCGUUAUUGCCAGUUCCAUUCCUUUCUUUAAUGAUUUAUUGGCACUUAUUGCCGCUCUUCUUGGAAGUCUUUUUACCCUUAUCAUGCCAGCUAUCCUAGGUAUUUACAUCAUGAGUGAUUACCACAAACAAGAAGGAGAUGGUUUAUUUGCUUGGGUGGGCUACUACGGGAAGAACUGGAAUAAGAACCGCCGUAACAUCAUGCAUUCCGUUGUGGCUGUUUUAGCCAUCGCUUUUGGAUUAUUCAUCUUGGUUGGUGGUACUUACGGAGCCAUUGACUCCAUUAUUGAUGGUUACAGAACCGGUAGAGUGUCACGGGCAUUUUCAUGUGAAGACAACAGUAAUUAG